UAUAAUGCAGCUGAAUAUUAUAAAGAUCUAAACCAUCAACAGUAUAAAAUGAAACAAUCAACUAUGAGGAUAUAAAUGAACAUUUCAACUACCAGAGACUCCCAACUAUGCAAAUUUUCAUUCCCUUCUACACCUUGUGAUGGCCAUAUGGUGGCAUAGGUUAUUGCUGAUCACUGGUGUAUGAUGUCCUGGGAGUAGUACAGCCCAGUAUUUCAGGUUUAGCAGACCAUUUUUAGAGGUAGGGUUCACAGCCGAUGUUUUUUUCACUCCUACAAGCAAAUAAAACAGUGGCUUUCACCUCCAGAUAAAGGGCGCUGAUAAUACCAGCUCCAGCUCUCACCCUGCUCCUCAGCCAGCUACCACCACUCAUGGCAGAGGGAGUGGGGAGAGACUUCCUCCUGCACCUUCUCUGACCUCCUGCUUAUUGGUGAAGGGAUGCUGUUUAUCCCCACCUGCUGCUGCUACUUGUUUAAAAAGGGGACAAACCCAGACAUUUUCUGAGUUUUCUUUCCUUGUUGUGGAGUUCAGCCUCCAGAGGUAGAUAAAGCAUAAUUAAAACCUACCAAGUCAUCAGACUUGGCACAAAACCAGGUGGAGCCUCGAAAUUAUGAAAGGCAUUGUAAAAAAAACUGGGAAGCACUAACCUCAGGUGAUUUUUUGUGAUGAUAAAAAGAUGAAAGUUGGAAACACGUAACUGAAAUAUUAUUUGGAGAGAUGCAGCACUUCUGAAGUUAAAUCAAAGCAUCAUGUUUGCUGUAGUUGAAGUAGUUAGUAUUUGCCAGAUUAGCUUGAGGUAUUUUGAUGUAGUGUGAAGAUAACAGUGGCAAAGUGCACUUGCACAGGUAAAAUGAGGCAUACACACACCGAACUCCUUUCAUAGAAAUACACCAUCAGCACAGGUCCUCUUUAACCUGCAAAAUCUUACACUGCAUUUUACUAAUACCUUCUACAGAUUAUGUCAGAGGAGUGCUGGAAGUGAUUUAUUUUAGACAUAACAUGUAGUUACACUUCGAACUGCCUUAUGACUCACCUGUGUCAACUUUGCAUACAAAAACUGGGUGAAACUUGAACAACUGUUCAGCUGUAUGAAUUAACCUCAUGGGCUGUUCCUGCUGUGGCAGCAAGAUUAUUUGUCAGCAGAAUUUCUUUUCACAGCCCACUCUUACCAGAAGACAGCCCCAAUUACUGAGCUAACCCGGUAUGUGAAAACAGACGCUGUUUUGGAGCUGCUUGGUUACUGUGGAGGAUAAAUAGCUCCUGACCCUAAACAGGAUCUUCUUGAGCAAAAAGCAAAGCGGUGUCCUUAUGCCUUAUAAGGCAUGGGCAGGCUUACCCCAGCGCUGAAGAAGGGGCGCUAACGGGCUCGCGUUGCCGAGUUUUCCUCGGCAGCGGUCGCAGGCGGCUGGAGAAGUUGAGCUGAAACUGCAAACACUUGGAACCCGGCACUUAGGGGAGAAACGCACUCAGGAGAGGAGGCAGCAGGUGAACUUACAAAACCCCAAACCAUCGCUGGAUCAUGGGGAAGUCAGCUUCCAAACAAUUUGCUGAAGAAGUCUUGAAAGCACACAAUGACUACAGGAAGAAACAUGGAGUCCCCCCAUUAAAACUCUGCAAGAAGUUAAACAGAGGAGCCCAGCAGUAUGCAGAAGAACUGGCUACCACAAGGGUCCUCAAACACAGCUCUGAGUCUGCUAAUGGAAAAUGUGGAGAAAACCUAGCAUGGGCAUCCUAUGACCAACCAGGAAAGGAUGUGGCUGACAGAUGGUACAAUGAAAUAAAAAAUUACAGCUUUCAAAACCCAGGGUUUUCUUCUGGGACAGGUCACUUCACAGCAAUGGUUUGGAAGAGCACAAAAAAGAUGGGAGUUGGAAAAGCAUCCGCUAGUGAUGGCUCAACGUUUGUGGUGGCUAGAUAUGAUCCAGCUGGAAAUGUAGUAAAUCCAGGCUAUUAUGAAGAAAAUGUCCUUCCUCCACGAAAAUAACUUCUUUUUUUCUUUUCUUUUUUUCUUUUUUCUUUUGUUUUAAAAGGUAGCCUUAUUGCUUAAUGACAAGUGAACCUGGAUUUGGACUUGACAGUGUUUGAAAUGAAGCACGAGUCAAUGAAAUUUCCUGUUUGAUACUGCUGUUCACUUCUCAUUACAGAGGAAGCAAUUACAUGUUAUUCGAGUCAAUCUGCACGUUAGGUCCCUGUUGUUUCUGAGGGGGCUUCAGUUUAACUGAGGAUGAAGUACAUGCAGAAUUUCUGAAGGGUAACCUUUAUAAGUUGUUUUCUUUUUUAAUAGCUUGCAUGAACUCUGUGUCAGCAUGUGAGUAAGCACAUGUUGGAUGUCUUUUUUUAAGUGAGCAAAUUUAUAGCCUUCUGUAAACUGAAGAUACCAGCUUCUAAUUAUAUCACGUACUCCCAGUUUUCCAGUGUUUUUUAAUAACUGUAACUUCUUUGUUCUGUCUAUACCUCCUGCUACUGUGGAGCCUUCUCUCUGCAGAUGGAACAUAUGCAAAACUUCCUGUGUGAAAGGUACACAUGUAAAAUGCAGUGGCAUUCAGACCUAUGUUUCUUUAUUAAGAGGAUCUCACAGAACACUAAAACAUUGCUGGCAAAAUUGUAUCCAUCAAGCAAGCCAUAACUGAUGUGUGACUUGAAAGCUACUAAAAUUGUUUAAACCCCAGUUACAUUUUAGGUGCUAAUAUUUAAAAUCUACUUGAGAUGAGUGUGUUUCAAGUUCAAAUCCCAUCUUACGGUUUACAGCAUGUACAUUGCCUCAUAAUCAACUUGUUUACUUCUGUUACAGGAAAGUAAGACACUAUUUUUUCUCUUAGAUAUUUACGCACAAAGAAGUGCGAUAGAUUGAUAGAUUUUAUUUCUCAAUAACUUAUUUUUACUUUCUAAGGAUUAUCUUCUUCAUGUGUUAUGCUAUACAGACAAUAACAUUCCCAAAACAUCUCUUGUCUCCUUUAAUAAUGCCACAGUAGGAGGUAUUCACAUGGCCAUGAUUAAGAGGUUCACAUGAUCUUUGUUCGUAUCAUUCAAUAACAGUGAAAAUAUUUCACAUGCUGGAUUGAUGCCUUGAAAAAAAAGUCAGACUGAAUUUACAUAAAGCAAGCAAGCAAAAUUCUGAAGGACACUUUUUUUCUCUUAAGAGCACAGAUUGGACCAUUUCGGCCAGGCUCAUGUACUGUUCGACUUGGGGUUUUGUUUUCUUUGUCAAAUUUUCCUUUGCCUUCUGCUGAGAUUCUGUAUGCCAGAAUUUGGUUCAUGAAGAGUGCCAUUAAAGAAAUACCUAUUUUUGUUUACACAGUUGUAAUAAACUGCACUGUUGCAACUUGA